UACUACCAUCUCUGCACUCACUCACUCAGGCGCACACACUCAGUCACAACAGAAAGUUUGGAGUCCAGGCGAGAUCUGGUGGAAUACGGACGGAUAGGAAGUGCAUGAAUUAAAUGAGGAAGGGAAGGCAGAAGUAGAGGAAUAUCAACCAAACGCAGAACGAGAAGCGACGUGGGAACUCCGGAGAAUAUGUGGAGGGGAAACUGAAAUGCGCAUGAGCUAAUCAACAACGCCGGAGCGAGAGACUUUCAAUGGAAGUGAACUACUGAAGCUUCCAGCGGAGUCAAAAGCUCAGAUUUUAGCCUAGGGAGACUGUCGUGUCGUUCUGUAAACGUGCUCGUGAAUCUGUAAAGUGCUGGCACACAGCAGACGACAUGAACACUCUGAAUAUGGAGGAACAGACUUUACGCAAACUCCAAGAAAACAGUUAGGGGAUAUGAGCGCUGAUCUUUGGAUUUCGCCUCGAUUUUUUCCUCUCUCGGGUUCAGUUGUGCUUCUUUGGGGAUGUUUGCGAGUUGCAUCUGUGCGGCUUCAGUUCGGAUACUGACCCGUCUCUGCGCCCUGGUACUGGUGGUCGCUGUGGGAUUCGGGUCGGAGCUGCGGGUCCGGGUCCGGCUCUCGGACGGACUGGUGACCGAUGAGGUGUUGGAGGCGGACAGUGAGAGAGACUCCAUAUCACUCGAGUUCAAACAAGGAGAUGGGACGCUCAUCACUUUUGUGGCGGACUUCAAGCAGGAUGUGAAAAUAUUCCGAGCGCUGAUCCUUGGAGAGCUGGAGAGAGGGCAGAACCAGUACCAGGCCCUGUGCUUCAUCUCUCGCCUAAGCCGCAAUGAGAUCAUACCCAGCGAGUCCAUGGCUCGUCUAAGACAGAAAAACCCUCAGGCCAUUCGCUUGGCAGAGGAGCGGCGAGGACUGGAACAGCUGACGAUGAGCGCAGCGGUCAAUCUAAGCCGGGCCUGGCAACUCAGCUCCCAUAUCCACAACAUGUGCAGCGAAGCCCGGGAGGCCAUCUACACCAGAGAGGCUGAUGUUAAACACUGGCUGGACAAAGGAGUGGAUGGCUCCAUGUUUGAGACCCUGCCCCACACAACAGAGGUGCCCAGCUUUCAGGCUUGUCAUUCUACUAAAGACUUGUGGCAACCGUGUCUCUGCACAUACAGCCUGCGUCUGGAGUGGUACCCGUGUCAGUUAAAGUACUGCCGCAGCAGGGACACAACAGGAAAAGGCUCGAACUACAAAUGUGGCAUAAAGAGCUGCAGCAAGGGCUACCAUUUCACCUACUAUGUCCCCCAAAAACAGCUCUGUCUAUGGGAUGAGGAGACCUAACAUUUUGUUUUUAACUCUUCUAAAAGGAUCAUUAGUUUUGUUUCCCCCUCAAGCGAAGCCAAUGCUUCCCAACCCAUGCUAUUUAAAGACAACACAGUAACACUGGACCUCAGUUUAUAUGAUGUUAAGUGAAGCUGUCUUAAAUGGGGAGUGAGGAGAACAUGAUGUCCAAGCUGAGACAAAAAAAGAAUUCAGGUUCAAAAUGAGACCAAAUCCUUUAAAGGAGGAGAGGUGCAGCUCGUUGUUCUAAGAGGACCCACUUACUCUGAGCCUCUUUUGGGAAAUUGACAUAUCAUUGUCAACUAUGACGGGACUUUGCCUAGAAGCGGUCACUUUUGUGCCUUUUUUUUUCAGGGGUGGGGGGAUUUGUGAAGCAGAUGAUUGAUGCCAUCGACACAAACCUGUCAAACAAGCUACAAUGUGCACAAAUCUGGAUAGUGCAUUUCUGCUUAUGCAAACACCAGCAGGGGAACAACAUGUGUUUCUGAUCAAAGGAGCCGUACAAAUGGUCGCCCAUUCUGGUGAAGGAUCAUUUGGAUGGUGGAUUUCUCUCUUUUAAAAAGCUCUGUGAUAAACGGUUUGUAGUCAGCUAAAUGCCAUGUUUGUUCAGCAGCAUAAGCUGGCCAACAAAGACAAUUCUUCCCCAAUGCUGGCUUUAUUUAUUUUAGUUGCAAAGUGAAAUUAUGGAGGACUAUUUUUUUAUCUUUUUUUUUUUUUUUUUU